AUGGCCUUCAGCUUCGGAUUCUCGGGGGAUGAUAUCGACAUUGAUGAUUCGGAGAUCAAUAAUGAUUUCUCCGAUGUGCCCUCCCAGCAAGCCGUUGGCAAUUCUCUUCCUGAGCUUGUGAAAGCGGUUAAGCAUGAUAUGAAUGAAUGGCUCUCAAUUCUUCCCUCUCAAAUCUUCUACAAUAAGCUCGCAAUCAGCGAUACGCCUCUGGCCGUCGCUCGUCGAGAGAUCUUUGAUAUUCGCACCCAGCUCAUGGCUGAAGAUAGCGCAGGUCACGAUAAUGAAGAACUUAUUGCCGGCAUUGAAAAGGGCGACAUCACGCCCAAUUUCUAUGAAGGCGGCUUCAAAACCUGGGAAUGUGCCUUGGAUCUAGCCAAGCUCUCCCUCAACGAUGACAUUCUUAAUGAAUCCUCCGAUAGCCCGACGGACAUUCAUAUAAUUGAGGUUCGUAAUCACCCGUCUUGUGGAAGCUUUUCCCAAGACCUACCUGGAGCGAGGGCUAAUACGAACGAACAGCUUGGUGCAGGCACUGCAGUCCCAUCGUUGACGCUAUUCGCCCGUCUUCUCAACCAAGCCGAGCUCGGUCAGAGUCAAAGAAAGACACUCUUCACGUUCGCAGACUACAACUCGGACGUGCUCCGUCUUGUCACGCUCCCGAAUCUUCUUUUGACAUGGCACAACAGCCGCUCCCAAACGGCUGUCUCAGUCGCCUCAACUGCGCCAGACCAGGACGAGGAGUUGGACAUCACGCCUGAGCUGGUUCAAGAAUUUAAAGAUGAUCUUGCUCGGCGUGGGAUUUCGGUUGAUUUCGUUUCAGGUGCUUGGUCGCCCGAGUUUGUGGAUCUGGUCUUCUCGUCCGGCGAUAGUGCUCGCAAGACUCUAGUUCUUGCUAGUGAGACCAUUUACUCUCCCGCAUCGCUGGCGGCGUUUUCAGAGACGCUUUUGGCGCUGCUGCGCCGCUCGAACACCGUAUCGGCGAAAACUCGGGCUCUCGUCGCGGCGAAGAAGGUUUAUUUCGGAGUUGGUGGUGGUGUUGAUGAAUUCCUUGCUGUGCUGGGUAAUGUCUGUGCCAAUGAGCUGGACGUGCAGCAGAAACUGAACGUUCAAUCUGAGGGUGUGGGCCGAGUAGUUUUGGAGGUUGUGCCCUCAAGUGGGCCCUAG